AUGGCCCCGCGCCCAAGAAUAAAUUCAGCUGGAAGACAGCAAUCCUCGGUGACAAAAACUCGAGGCCAAGUUCAGCCUUCCUUGUUGAUACGCAACCAACUUCAAGGUGUCCAAAAGGCACGACCUCUACGCCCUCCCCGCCGGAGCGCGCGCCUACAGAAGAUAAGCUGUCUUCAAAAUAAUCCUGUAUCGGACAAACCUACCGCCCAUAAUCGCACCUCUUCAUAUCCGGAAGACAAGAAUCAGCCUGGCUCUCUUCAGGAAAACAGUCGGAAGCGGAAACGACCCCAAGUAGUCGAAGACUCUUCCAACCUUUCAACCCAUUUUCGAAAACGACGACCAACAUCUCUUGCGUGCUUCGCUGUUGAGGGAACUCCUUUCCAGGAAACAGCAGACGGCAAUUGGAACAAUAGAAACCAGCUAAUUGAGUACUGGAGAAAGCAAGGACGCUGGCCUGGGGGAUAUUUUGAACAAGAACCUACCAUGAGCCACUUACUAGCAAGAAAGAAGUCGACAUCCUCGCUUCGUCGCAGGCAGUCGGAAUCUACCCUUACUAGUUCUACCACCCCUAGCGAUCAGAAACCGAGAGAAGAGAAAAGCACUCAAUACAAGAAUCCACGCUAUAAAACUAUUCUUGAAAGCAAAGGCAUCUUUAUGAGGAAGGCUAAUGUCGGUAUCACAAACGCAAGUAUACGCCUUUGUUCAGAUUUGUUAGGAACCGAGCAGACAAUUCCCACAGAAUCAUUGUUUCGCGACGACCUAUUUGACAAAACCUGCGAAAUGAUACAGGACCGAAACGAAACCAGGGUCAUUCGGAAUAUUUCUCCACUAAUUGUCCCUUCUGCAGAAAUCCUGGCUGCAUGCGGAUCUACCAAUCUUGAAUGCUUGAUUGAAAGUACUAACGAAGGCUGGGACAACACGAUCCCUCUAACAAAGCCGCGUCCGCAACCUGAUUAUUCCGUGGGAUUUAGACGAAAGGCAUUCACAGAUGAACAGCUGCAAAAGCUUCGGCCCUUUGUCGGCGAUCUUACCGACAAUUCGUAUUUUAUGGCGACCUAUUAUAUGUACUUUCCAUUUUUUACGUGUGAGGUCAAGUGUGGCGCGUCAGCACUCGAUAUCGCAGAUCGGCAAAAUGCCCAUAGCGCAUCCGUUGCAGUGAGAGCUGCUGUUGAGCUUUUUAAGCUCGUGGGGCGUGGGGCGGAAGUUAAUCGGGAGAUCCUCGCCUUCUCUAUCUCACAUGAUCAUAGGACAGUGAGGAUAUACGGCCAUUAUGCAGUGAUUGAAGAAGACAAAACGACAUACUACCGGCACCCUAUCCAUACUUUCGAUUUCACUGCCUUGGACGGCAAAGAGAAAUGGACAGCGUACAGAUUUACGCGGAAUGUUUAUGAAAUAUGGAUGCCGGCAUAUUUUGAAAGGAUCUGCUCAGCCAUCGAUCAAAUACCCCCUGGUGUCGAUUUUGAAAUUUCGGAAUUUCAAUUCUCCCAACUAUCCAACACCGAAUCAGGAUCCGCACUAGAGGAUGAUGGCAGCCAGCCAAGCCUCCGCUACGUUGCUUCAGCAAGUGUUACGCCGACCACUUCUUUUACUGAACAAACCUUUAAGAGACCAAGGAAGAAUAAGUAG